GCUGUUUUUGAUUCAGUUCUAAUGCUACUGUAUUGGCGUCCAGGAUUUAUAAUCUUAAUUCUAUGCCUUUGGAUCCUAACAAGUGUGUGCUGGUUCUUAACCGGUUUUGAUUAUUUCCUUCACACUUUUGCAGAUGAUGCAUGUUCUGCCUUUGAGGAAUUUGUGAGAAGUCCACAGAACAGUAGUUUGGGUUCGAUGUUACCAUGCAUUAAUGAUUCAUUCUCUGGGAAAUUGAUAGCUGAAAUAGGCAGCACCAUCCACAGUUUCAUAGUUGAGUUGAAUUCUAAUGUGUCAGUAAUGUAUCGGCUCCUAGGAAUUGGCGAAGGAAAUGGAGAAUUAAUAGGACUAAGGAAAAUUUGUGACCCUUUCUCAGGAGCACCAAAUUACACCUAUGUUUCACAGAAUUGUCCUCAUGAUGCCAUACGGAUUGGCGAUUUACCAAAAGCUCUUGUUAGAUUCACAUGUCGCGGAGAGGACACAAUAGAGGAAUGCAGAAAAAAUGGGAAAUUUCUUCCAUUUGCUUCGUACAACAUGGCUCAUGCAUAUAGUAGAUCAAUCCAAGAUAUGCUUGAUAUUUAUCCCGAUUUGCAAAGACUAACAAAAUGCACAAUAGUGAAGAACAAAGCUGAAGAAAUUGUGUUGCAUCAAUGCAAACCAAUAAGAAUUUCAACUAAAUUGUUGUGGGCAUCUAUAAUGUCUCUUUCCAUUAUUAUGGUUGUCUUGGUAAUCACAUGGGUGGCAGAGGCUCUUCGAUGCACUGAAAAACCCCUUUCAGCAUGUUUUAAGACUCCCACAUCUAGAUAGAAAAUUUUAUUUAUUUUGUAUAGAAAUUUAAUGGUACAAAAUUAAAGGUAUAUAGCGAUUGUAAUUAGUUAGUUUUUCCAAUUAUCCGGUGUAACAAAUAAUAGGAAAAUAACACUCCAUACAAGUCGUAAGACAAUUGAUUGGAGAAUAAUGUAAAAGUUUCCGAAUAAUUUGUUUUUAAGUGUCAAUAACUAAAUAUCACUACAUGUGCGUCUUUGUGGGUGGACGGCACUCUUGGGAUAAGUGAUAUCAAUUCAAAAUAUAUACAAUAGACAUAUUUUUUA